AUGGCGGUCUCUACUAGGCUUUUGUUAGCUAUACUCUUCUCUGCUUUUCUCUUAUCUGCAGCAAAUGCAUAUAGAGAAUAUCCGGUUCAGCAAGGUCAGCACGGUCAGAGAAGCAUUCCUCUGACUCAAGCUCAACAAUGCCGCUUACAGAGGCUUACUGGAAGCCAGCCCUCUCAGCGCAUUGAGUCAGAGGGCGGCUUCACUGAGCUGUGGGACGAGAAUGAGGAGCAAUUCCAGUGUGUUGGAGUUGCUCCUAUGAGGAAUGUUAUUCGCCAAAAUUCUCUCUCUUUGCCUAAUUUUCAUCCCAUGCCUCGCUUGGUUUAUAUCGAGCAAGGCAGGGGAUUGAUUAGCGUUAUUAACCCUGGUUGUGCUGAGACUUUCCAGUCUCAGACCUUCCAGGCUGGCCGAAUGACAGGUGAAGAGAGGAGCCAGAGCCGCGGAAAUGACCAGCACCAGAAGGUCCACCGCAUUCGCCAAGGUGAUGUCGUGGCAAUUCCAGCUGGCGCUGCUCAUUGGUGCUAUAACGACGGUGAGGAAGAGCUUGUAGCCGUCUCCAUUAACGAUCUCAACCAUCGGUCCAACCAGCUUGAUCAGAACUUCAGGGCAUUUUACUUGGCCGGUGGAGUACAAGAAAUUAGUGGAAGGCAAAUUGGUGUAGGAAAGCAAAGCACACAGAAGUUCCAGAACAUUUUCCGUGCUUUUAACACAGAAUUGAUGGCAGAGGCCUUCAACAUUCCCGUAGAGAUUGUGAGGAAGAUGCAAGAAGAACAGAACGAACGUGGACUAAUUAUUAAUGUCAGGGAAGGAAUGAGCAUGAUUAGGGCCGAUGAAGAAGAAGAGGAAUUCGAAGGGAGAUCACAACGAGGACAACAAUGGUGGGCGGAAGUUACUGGAAAUGGCUUGGAAGAAAACAUUUGCACAAUGAAAAUCCGCACCAACAUGGAUACUCAAAGACGAGCUGACAUCUACUCAAGGCAAGCUGGCAAAAUUAAGCAUGUUAAUCGCCAAAAACUUCCCAUCCUUAGAGACAUGGACAUGAGUGCCUCUAAAGGAACCCUAUAUCCGAAUGCACUUAUGAGUCCUCAUUGGUCUGUGAACGGACACAGCAUUAUCUACGUGCAAAGAGGAGAUGCACAAGUGCAGGUAGUAGAUCACACCGGGCAACAAGUGAUGAACGACAGGGUAAAUCAAGGAGAAAUGUUUGUAGUCCCUCAAUACUAUGCCUCAACAGUGAAAGCAGGGCAAAAUGGAUUUGAAUUCGCGGUGUUUAGGACAAGUAGUCAACCAAUGAACAGCGAACUUGCAGGUUACACAUCAGUGAUUAGAGCAAUGCCUAUUGAAGUCCUCACAAACGCGUACCAGAUAUCGCCAAAUGAAGCACAGCGUUUGAAGAUGAACAGAGGAGGAGAGAGUUUCCUGCUAUCUCCCCAGAGAAAGUCAUUCUAA